AUGGACCACCGCAACAACCCCCUCUCCGCGGACAAAUCUUCGCAGAACCCAACCACCAAACCGAAGCCCAGGCCACUUUCGCCUCCCCCCACCACUCCCACAUCGCGGCCUCACAUCGUGAUCCUCUCCCUUAACGGCGAACCCACCUACCCCGGCCCCGACCACCCAUCAGCUCACUUCAACGACGCACUCGCAGAAGCACUCUCUAUCCACUUCAACCGCCGCCUCAUGCUCCACCACCUCACUACCCCCGAAACCGCCCUACGUCAUCUCCAAAAAUGCACGAACAACGACGCGCCAAUCGCCAUCCUCAUCGCCGACAGCGCUAUCACAAAACCGGAGUCCGAGUACCGCACCGUCACUACCCAACUCGGUGAAUACGCCCAGAGCGGUGGAAUCGUCGUCUUACUGUCGUCGUUCAGUGAGGCCACGGGCGUAGUACUAGUACCGCAGGAUCUCAACCGGUUUUUCAGCGAGUGUAUGGGUUUGGCGUGGAAGUAUAGCAGGGUUACGCGCACGAGGGGCCGUUUCAAAGAAGAUGUUCAUGGGAAGAAGUUCCCGGCUCUCCCGUUUGAGUUUGAGUUCGGUGGGAUGCAGCUUGCGAACGUGCCGUUGAGGGAGCGGGUUUACUCUAACCUGGGUGGGUAUUUGGAGGAGAAUUUGACGCCGGUUGCGUGGGGGAGAGUCGGGAGGGGAGCGGUUGGGUAUUGUUGUGCGUCGGAGGAGAGUGAGGCGGCUGUGGAGGUUAUUGUGGGGAUGUGCAGAAUGGGGGCGAGGCAAGAGGGGAGGCCGGAGCUGGGAGUCGAGAUACCAGAGCGGUGGUGUCGGGAUGUGGAGGUGUGGACGGAAGAGGAUAACGACGACAGCGAGGAUGAGCAGAGAUGCUUCUGA